AUGUAUACAGGUCGACAAGGUCCAUCGGAGGCUAUCGAGGCAGGUGUUCCAUUAGAGCCAGUCCCUGGUCUGCCGGCUGCUCUGCCACCGCCACCUGCCUUCCUACAUCCCUUCCCACCACAGAUGCCGCCGCCGCCGAAUCGUCCGAACGACUUCUUCAAUCUUCAUCAUUACGGAGGUCCUCGGGCCUGGGCGUGGCCCCCCCCUGGGCCUCCCCCCUCCGCGCCCCUUCACUACCCCAGUCAGGACCCAUCGAGACUGGGGCAUGCUCACUCUGCUACACCACAGACAUAA